AUUUAGUUGUCUAAAUGGACUUAGGCAGGUGAAAGUUCAAAGUUUAUGUUGUCAAAACUCUUCGCUUCUAUCAAAACAUGGCGGAGACGAAACAACAGACAGGAUCCUCCCCUGAAGAUGACUUGGUCCCAGUCCUGAGCAAUCUUACCUUCAUGGUGCCAAAGAAAGAGAUCAGCAUGGUUCCGGACAUGGGGAAAUGGAAACGCUCACAGGCAUAUGCUGACUACAUGGGAUUCAUUUUGACGAUGAACGAGGGAGUGAAGGGGAAGAAGCUGACAUGUGAAUACAAAGUGUCGGAGACAAUAGAGAAGUUACUGGGUCUGUUGGACACACUAGACCGCUGGAUUGAUGAGACCCCCCCCGUAGACCAGCCUUCACGUUUUGGCAACAAAGCCUACAGGACCUGGUAUGCCAAGCUGGACCAGGAGGCAGAGACACUGGUUGCAGAAGUGAUCCCGGCAGACAAGAGUGCAGCAGUUCCAGAGAUAGCUGUGUAUCUGAAGGAGGCUGUGGGCAACUCCACUAGAAUAGACUACGGAACAGGUCAUGAAGCAGCCUUUGCCACCUUCCUUUGCUGUCUCUGCAAAAUAGGAGCUCUCAGGGUGGACGACCAGUUGGCCAUCGUUUUUAAGGUGUUCGAGAGGUAUCUGGCAGUUAUGCGAAAGCUUCAGCACUAUUACAGAAUGGAGCCUGCUGGCAGCCAAGGCGUUUGGGGGCUAGACGAUUUCCAAUUUCUCCCCUUUAUUUGGGGUAGUUCCCAGUUCAUAGAUCACCCAACACUUGAACCAAGGCAUUUUGUAGAUGAGAAAGUGGUGAACGAGAAUUACAAGGACUACAUGUUUCUGGAGUGCAUUAAAUUCAUAAAUCAGAUGAAGACAGGUCCGUUUGCCGAGCACUCCAACCAGUUGUGGAACAUCAGCGCUGUUCCCAAUUGGUCCAAAGUGAACCAGGGUUUGAUACGAAUGUACAAAGCAGAGUGCUUGGAGAAGUUCCCAGUCAUUCAGCACUUCAAGUUUGGCAGCCUCCUCUCUAUUCAACCUGUGAAGCCCUAAUCAUGUCAUUGAGAGAUUUCAUGUAUGAUGGAAAGACCAAACACCCAAUCCACCACCCAACCAACAGUAGCAUACAAUCAACCCCCUAUUAGGUGUCUCUUUACACGUCAUAUGUUCCACACAAUUGUAAUUAAUGCCACCAUCAUUCAUAGUCAAGCUUCUAGAUGAUAAAUCUUCCACUGAAUGUUGCAACUGCUGGAAAUGAUUUGUUUUGUUGUGUGUGCAUAUGGUCCAAAAAAUUACUAAACAUUGCAAUACUGAGCAUAAAUCAUUACAAGCCUGUAUUUAUUUGAAAAUAUACUUAAAUUGGAUGGUCCUUGGUACAUGGUACACAGCAGGAAGCAAGGUGCUUGUGCUUAGUGUAAGUAGAAAGAUACGUGAAUUUUCUAAGUAACAUACUCUUACUUAUUAAGAGAUUCAGCAUUUAAAAGAAUUCUGAAUCGUUUUCAUAUUUCAGCAGUGUAGUUUUGUUUGAACAAUCCAGAUUUUUUCAUCUUGUUUUGGCCAAUUGUACGUGCAGUUUUGUUGCAAAUGUUGUUGCCUUUCCACAGUCAUCUUACUCAUAUUUUAAUUUUUGCUAUUGGAAUGUUCUUUCACAGAAACGGCUUUGAUUUUGAGCAUACUCUCAAAUGUUCGUUAAACUAUGUCUUUAUUUAAAGGGAUGAAAACAAAAAUAGUCUGUAAUUGAUUGUUCUUUACUAAAUGGCUCUGAGUACUACACAACAGGUAAUAAACCGAAUAAGCUUGAGUUUGUAAAUACAUUCAGACAUCUUAUCACUA